GAGCUGAAAGAAAUUAGAAAUGGGGACCAUGGGAGGGCAGGGGAGCGUGUCCGUCUCCUCAGCUGAUGUCCGUGUACUCCACGUGUACAACGCCGCCGUAGUUCCCAUUAUCCGGCAGAGCCAAAGUAAAAACUAAAAUACAACAAGAUGGAAGCAAAGAGAAAGACAAAAGGCCUGAUUCAUGUGACAUGACAUCAUUCAAAAUAUUCCCAUCUCAUCUCUCAAUUUUCCCUUCUUAGACAAACCGAAGCUUAAAUGCCAGGAUGUUUUUAAUUUUUAUUUUUAUAGCUGUACAUGUACUCUACUUUUUUAGAGUAUUUUUAUUGGCUUGGCUUUUCGGUUGCUUUGAUACAUCAGCAACUGUUUCAUUUUAGAAAUAUAAUAUCUUCUUAUAUACACUUUGAUACCAUCGAAUCAUUGUCUGAAUCAGGAAGUCUUUUACUCUUAGGAUUUUCCGUAGGUCAAGGCUUAUAACUGUACACUAAAAUGUCAUUUUUAUACGCAACUCCUUCAAGGGUUUUCUCUCAAGAAUUCUAUAACUCUCAUCAUCCAUGGCUGUAAGCAUUUUUUUUCAACUUUUUAUUUCGUUAGUGUUGAUAUUGUGAAGCAGUUUAUAAUUAAUACGGUUUAGUUGUGUUUAAUUGAUCUCCUUGCUGAACGUAUAUACUUUUUAUUACCUUUUGUCUUCUAAAUUUAUCACUCAGAAGCCCUAGGACUGCCUUUUUCUCCUUUUCUUAUUUCUUUCCACUGUUUAAUAAAUGCUUACCAGAAACAACUAACUUCUUUCAACAUCCAUUAAAGAAGAGGGUCUUUUAGGUGGGGUUUGAUUUGGGAACUGCGCUCGCAUGUCCCCAGAUUUGGUGAUUGGGACAGUGAUAAUCUGCCUUAUACAACUUACUUUGAAAAUGCUCGUAAAGAAAAGGCUGGCAUAAGAAUGAACCCAAAUGACCCUGAGGAGAAUCCAGAGGCCUUCAUGUGCAUGAGGGGAGGCCUGGAAGGAAAUUGUCAUAGCCAGCCAGUUCAGGUUCCUCUUGUUGUCAAUUCUAGUAAGUCCACUUCGGCAGAUAAACACCACAUUGACGGACAGAGCAGGCAGAAUACUCCUAAUAGAAGCGGUUCUUAUGAUUAUCAAAAGACUGCUAGAAGCCAGAGUGCUAGAAGCCAUAGGAGAAUGGCAGCGGAAUCUGGCAGUGAAAACAGCUACUCUGAUCAUUCAUUUCUGCAGUCAAAUCAUCGAUCACAUACAAACUCUGGCCAAAAGAAAGGUCGAUCUGGGGGCAGUAGCUUCUCUGCAUCUGUCUCAGGACAUUCUAGAAAAGGAAGUGGAAGCUAUAAAGUUGCUGGUAAUGAACAGCAUCAUAGAACAGCAUCAAUACCAAAAUUUGGGGAAUGGGAUGAAACUGACCCCACAUCAGGUGAAGGGUACACUGCUAUAUUUAACAAAGUGAAAGAGGAGAAGCAAACUCCAUCAAAUUUUCCAAACGUGCCUCCACAACCGAGCAAUUACUCAGAUCAUCAUCAUCAACGUAGACGUCCAAGUUCUUCCUUUUACUCAAAGAUGUGCUGCUGGUUAUUUUCACGUGGAAGUGACUAAUACACAGGGAAUGGAAUUGCUUUUGUUCAAGUACUUAUCAUCAAAUUUUAAUUCUUUAAAAUCAUUUCACAAUUGUCUCUUGCUUUUUCUUCCGUAAGACGGGGAAUCCGCAGAUAAUUGUAGAUUACCAGGAAAAUAUUUUUAUUCUAUUAUUAAAAACUGAAAAUAGUAUGCUUUAUUUCAACUUAUAAUUAUUAUAAAAACAAUUA